CUGGACCAACUGAAAAGUGAUGUUUAAUUCUUGAGACAUUAACAUAUUUGUCGGGGGAUUAACCGAACUUUGCUUAAAAAGCGUUGGAGGGAACCGAGUGAAUAACUAGUCGGGAUUUUCCCCUUACGCAUCAUGUUACCAUUCCUUCGUCUGCUGUUCAGUGCGCUGCUUGCCGCUGCUAUCAUGUUCAGUGUGGUUAAUUUAAGUGAAAGUGACGACUAUUUAACGCAGAGAAUAAACAUAUUAAACAGCGAUAAUACCUUAUUUGCCGGCGGCAAACUGAAUUUGUCCGAUAAGGAACUGGUGGUUAACGAGUUGAUAUUAAAAGAGAAAAAAGCGGAAUUGACGGAGGCUCACCAAAACGUAUCUAAUUUCUUACCAUCCCGUCACUUUUUUCAAGCUAGACCCGACAUAGAAAAGUCAAACGUGUUUUCUAUAAUUAAGAAACUUCCGAAAGGUGCUUCGCUGCAUACGCAUCUAACAGCAGCGGUCUCUGCAGACUUCAUGAUCGAGAAUAUCACUUACAAAGAAAAUAUUUACGGGUGCUUCAUUAAUGGUAUUUUUAAACUGCGAUUCCUGGGAAAUGCCGAUGACGACAAAACGUGCGAUUGGAAGGAACUGAAGAAAUACAGAGAGGAAGAUCCCAAUUUCGACCAAUGGCUGAAGAAACAGAUGUCUUUGGAAGUUGAUAAUCCUCUAGAUGUUUAUCCGAGCAUUGACGUUAUUUGGCAACGUUUCAAGAAAAUAUUUUCCACCGCGUACGAUAUGGUGUGCUACAAACCCGUGUUCAAGGAAUACAUCUAUCAGCUUCUAAAGGAGUUGUAUGAAGACAACGUCAUGUACACUGAACUAAGAGGCACUUUCAUGCCUUUAUACGACCUAAAUGGGACGGUGUAUGACACGAAGGAGUUCUUUAACGUGUUCAUAGAGACUGUGGAGGAGUUCAAACAGGAUCAUCCGAGAUUCUUAGGCGCAAGGUACAUUCAUUCGAUAUACAGGGGCGUCACACCGGAAGUCCUCAAAAGUGGCCUAGAUGAGCUUAUAACACUGAAAAAACUUUAUCCCCAGUUCAUUGCAGGGUUCGACUUCGUGGGCUACGAAGAAGAAGGAAGACCAAUAGUAGAAUUCCACAAAGUGCUGUUAGAAGCUAGCGAAGAAUUAAAAUUUUUCUUCCACGCCGGUGAAACUAAUUGGUAUGGAAGCACGGACCUUAAUUUAAUAGACGCAGUUCUUCUAAAUUCGUCUAGAAUAGGCCACGCGUUUGCUUUGUCAAGGCAUCCCAUUUUAAUGCAUUUGGUAAAAGCUAAAGAUAUAGCCAUUGAGCUGUGCCCGAUUUCUAACCAAGUUUUGAUGUUGAAUGAGGAUCCUAGGACCCACCCAGCUAUUUCCUUGUUAGCCAAGGACUUUCCCGUGGUUAUUUCCAACGACGAUCCUUCUGCAUGGGGUGCCAGUGGACUCAGUUACGAUUGGUACGUUGCUUUCUUAGCUAUGACACCAGUGGACGUUGGGAUCGAGGUACUGAAGAAGUUUGCCAUGGAUUCUAUUAGGUACAGUGCCAUGAACGAUGAUGAGAAGGAUACUGCUUUAGAGAAAUGGAGCUUAGACUGGCAGAUAUUUUUGGAGGAUAUGCUUAAGUAAAAUAUGUAUUUAUUUCCAAGGAACUAGUUAAUAAUAAUAACUAACAACUAACAACUAAAAUUGUACAUAAAUAGCAAAUUGUUUAAUGUCCUGUGUACCAUUGUAGAACUAGAUUGUGUUUAUUUAUUAUUUGAGAUAAUAUUUACUUUAAACAUUACAAAUUUCAUUGUCCAUAAAAUAU